AUGGCGUCGGAUGGCGAAGCUUCUUGUGGUUCUGACCCAAAUUUUGCCGUCAUUUGCUCAUUUUUAGAAAGAUUUGCGAAGUCAUGUGGAAUAACACACCCAAAUAUCUCAGAGCUUCAAGAAAUGCUAGAGAAUACACAAGAAGUACCUCAACCACUGAUAGAACUGCAUGUGAAACUCCUACGUAAAGCAAGGAAAUCAGUAUCAGGGGAACGAUGGGAGCGUGCACUUAUAAAAUUCUGUCACACAUACUCAUCAAAUCAAGAUGGCUGGGAAAUUGAACGUUUUGGCUACAAGAAAGCUCGACUUGGUGUGAAGUUGCGAGUGCUGAAGACCCUGCUGGAACAACAGUUUGAUCUGAAUGCAAAGUUCAAAGCAGAGAUCAACCGUUUGAGUGCUAUGGAGCUACGCAGCAGUCCUCUUGGCCGUGACAAGCUGGGACAGACAUAUUGGUGCCAGCUGGACGAAGCAUGCAAUUUACGUGUAUACCGGGAGGACCUAGAUGAUGAGACAUGGGAAGUGGUUGCAAGUGACCGAGAAGGCUUAGUGCAACUGAUAUCACAGCUGUCAUCAAAUGAUCCAUUUCGAAGUGGAUCAGAAGUCGUAAAUGAAGAUAGCAACAGCCUUGGAGUGGACAAACCGGUAACUGAUACUGGCCAGCCAAAAUCCUCAUGUUCAAAAGAUGGUGAUGGUGAUGAUGCUGAUGAUAAUGAUGAAGAAUUUCAAGAAAUUCCUUCAAGUGACUUGGAGGAAGAUGAUUCUGAUUAUGACAGUGAUAACAAACAUCAGAAAGAAGACACUAAACCUAGCAAUGAUAACAAAAAUCGCAAAGAAGACGUUAAACCUAAUGUUAGUGACAAACAUCAAAAAGGAGACUUUAAACCUAGCAGUGAUAUCAAACAUCAGAAAGAAGAUGUAAAAACUGACAGUGAUACUGAACAUCAGAAAGAAGACAUUAAACCUGGCAGUGACAUCAAAGAUGAGAGAGAAGAUAAAAAAUGUGACAGUGAUAGCAAACUUCAUAAAGAAGACAUUAAACCUGGUAGUGAUAGCAAACACCAGAAAGAAGACAUUAAAACUGAAACUGCAGGGCUUUCAGCUUGUGAAGCAAUUCUUUCAGAGGAAAAGGGGGAAAUCAAGGUAGAAGAAGGGACUGCACAUGAUGCUGAAGUAAAACAGGGUAGUUCAUCAUCACCAUCCUGCACAAAUUUUGAAAAAAGUGAAACAUUAGAAGAGAAAAUCCAAGUGUCUGAAGACAUGAAAAGUAGUUGUGUAGAAAGAUCAUCAGAUUCCUCUGAUAACAAGAAUUCAAGUAGGGAAAAAGUGUUAGCAGAUAGUAAUGUAACUCUAUCUAACGAAAAUGUAGAUUCAGAUUAUAUAACAUCUGAAAAUAGAGUGUGUGACAACAAUUUAUCUGAGGAGGAACAAAAAACUGAUGAGCAAUCUUCAUCUACAGAAUCGAAGAUUGUCGCUGACAUAUCUCACGACCCAAAACCUUCACCUAGUGCACAUUCUCUCAUUUCUUCAAAAGAAGAAACUAUUUUGGGUGCACCUGCCAGUGAUUCACCUAAGGAAUUCAAUAAAGAUGUAUGUUGCACAUCAGUAAAAAGAAGUAUCACAUCUACAGAUGAUGUAGUACCAGCUAAACGUUUAUGUGAAACCAGUUUAGAGAAAGAAACUGAACCAGAAGUAGGUGAAGCUAUAGAGGAACCUGUAAUGGUAAUAAGUGGUGAAGGAUCAGGGAAAGAAUGUGAUACAGGUAACCCUGUGAAACACGGAGACAGUAGUGAAAGUGAUGUGGAAGUAACUGAAGCUAUAGAAGAAACCAUAAUGUUAAUAUAUGGCAAAGGAGCAGGGAAAGAAUGUGAUACAGGUAACCCUAUGAAACACAGACAAAAUAGUGAAAGUGAUCUGGAAGUAAGUGAAGCUGUAGAAGAACCUAUAAUGGUAAUAAGUGGUGAAGGAUCAGGGAAGGAAUGUGAUACAGGUAAUCCAGUGAAACCAGGAGAUAGUAAUGAUAACGAACAAGGAAAAAAUGCAGAUACAAUGGAUUUGAGUAAAAAAGAGAAUUUGUCAUCUGAGGAGGCUGUGUCAGAGAAUUCAAGCUGUGGUAAUCUUGAAGUGAGUCAUACACCAGAUAAAGUGUCUGAUGAAAAUGUUUCUGUUAUCAACUCCAAAUCCAAAAGUCUGGAAGAAUCAGACAGCCAGAAAAAGUUGCACAGAGAAAAAUGCGGUGCAAGCAGCUCUCAGCAUUCACAAUUAGCAUUUCCAUCAAGUUGUAUUGCAGAUAUCUCAGUCAAUUCAGAGGCUAACAAACCUAUUUCAUAUCAAGAACGCCCUCCUGAGAUGAAAGUAUCAACACACAAUGCAAGUCAGAGUACAACUAGAAACAAAAGUUUAUCUGGAACAACCAGUGAGACUGUGACUGACAGUUCAAAUAGGACAACAGAUAUGAAACUACUGAAUACGGCAGGCCUUUUAAAUACAACAGAACAUAAUCCACAUAUUGAUAGCACACUAAAAGAAGAAAAACGUGGGCACAAUAUUAGUUCUGAAACUGAUGGCCCUGAAAUGGCGGAAAAUGUUGGCAAACUUAAUGUAUCAUCUGCAGUAACUUCCAUUACUGAUGAAGAAAAGCCGGUAGAUACAAACCAUGCAUAUUCCUCUGCAUCAUCAGUGGAUCUUACAAAAAAGUGUUUGCCAGAGGAUGGUGAGAAAGUGAGCAAGACAAAUUUUGCUCAACAACCAUCAAUUAAAAAUGUACCAAAAUUAUGGAGCAUAGACACAAUAUGUGCCGCAAAAGAAGAAGGUGACAGUGAUAAGUCUGAGUUAAGUGUACCAAGCAGUAAAGCCAUUGAUACCCAGGCUGUUACAAAAAUUGUUGGGGAAUCGCAUGAGACCUCUACUCUAAUUAAUAACUCUCCUGCUGAUAGUCUCCCCAAAUGUGUUUCAAGGUGGGAUGUUGGUAAACCAGAAAGUUCGUUAUCAGGUGAAUGUUGUAAAGAAAAAAAGAACUCAGAUAAAGCAGCUGGUGCCAAAAACCCCAAUUCUUAUACAAAUGAGAAUGUUAAACCAGAAGUGAAAGAAUCCAACAGUCUACCUAGAAAUACAGAAACUGAGAUUGCUGGUGCCUAUGUUUCUGAACCAUUGACAUCACUGACUGCAAGUCAGGUAAACUCAGAAGGGAAAGCAGUUACUGAAACUUCAAGUUCCUCUGCGUCUAAGGAUUUGACAACCCAAGGCACUGAAUGCAAAGAUAAGGAACAGUCUGAAUUUGCCUCUGUCAAAGUUGGGAAAACUGAACCAGACUCUCAUACAGCUUGUAAUUCUAUUCAACACUCAGGCAUGCUACGGGAAUCACCUUCUGAAAGUUCUAGAUACUCAGAUAGAACAGAUAUGAAGUCCAGCAUAUCUAACAAUAAGGAAACUGGAAGUGGCAAAGCAAGUACUAACAGCAAUGGAAGAGAAAGUGAUGUGUCCCACGAUAGAAAAAUAGAAAUAAAAGCUCCACAACUUACUGUUGAGUCUUUGAAAGCAGGUGUUUUGUCUGACAUGAGAAGCAAAUCACUUGAAGAUAGUGUGGCAACUACACUUGAAAGUAGUGAAAGUAAAAUAAAAUCCUCACAUAAGUCAGAGCUGAUAAGUGGUAGGGAUACAAGUGAUAGUGAAGGUAGCAGAACAAAUAGGUCACUAACCCAUGCUGGUGCAGCCACGUAUGAUCCACUGAAUUUGGAGCUACCUUCAAAUAACAGUUGUACGGCACAAAUGCCAAUACAGAAGGAAACAGCAAGAAAUUCCAGCAAGGAAGAAUUUGCCCAAAAAACAAAUAAAGAGUCAGAUAUUGUUAGUUCUCAGAAUCAUAACAAAUUAUCUACUUACAGAGUAGACAUGCAUGCUUCUGCUUCUGCCUUGUCUCAGAAUAAAUUCAAAACUGGGAAUGAAAUUGACUGUGGUGCUUCAGUUACCCAUGUACAACAUAAAUUGUCUGAGGACAGAAUUUUCAAAGAAGGUAAAUACCUGCCAGAUUCACUUGACAUAUCAGCUUCGACGAUUGACUCAAAUAAAAAGACUGACAUAAAUACAACAAAAGCCGAUUUGGAGACCAGUGCUAGAGAUCAUUUGGGAAAUAUUUCAAAUUUCUCUGUCUGUAACAGUUCUGUGACAAUCGAAGCUAUACCACUGACAAAAAAUUCGCAAAAAAAUUGUCCUAAGAAUUCAGAUGAUGAGUUUGUAAAACCUUUAAAUCUUGAAAAGAAUAGUAUGCUUGAUAAGAUUAGAGGUCGAUCAGUUUCUGACAACAUAAGUAUAUUGCCAAGUACUUUAAAAUCGAGAGAUGUACAUGCUGCUAAAUCACAGCAAUCUGUGUCUGCAAUGGGGAAAAAUAGAAGAAAAUCUGUUGAAAGUAUAACAAUGGGUAUAAUGAGCAAACUGGCAGCUAGGGAACACCAGAAAACUGCUCAAAUUAAGAGUAUAGAUGAGGUUAUGGCAAAUAAUAUUCCUGAUCCUCAUAAAACACCAGGAAAAGUCACUGCCAUUUCUUCUGAUGCACGAGUUUUAGAUAGUAAAGAUUAUCAACCACUGAAUUUAGACAAAAUGUCAGAAAAACAAAGUGGUAGUAGAGCAAGUGAUUUCAGCAAACCAGUCGAAUUUCAGCCACCGUCCAGUAUCCCAAAGAAACACUGCAAUCUUGGGUUUCCUCCUGAAGCCAUUCAUCAGAUGGGCCUCCCUCCAUUACCAAGUGCUAUGUUGGAUCCGCUGAGGCAAUUAACGAAUUUAGCACUGCUCAGUCAAAAUCCUGCAGAUGCAGCAUUCCUCAGCAAUUCCUUGGCUAAGAGGUUUGAUGACAUAGCAUCACGAAGAGACGUGGAAUCACUUGGACUAGAAUUGUUAAAGAAAAGUAUGGAUGGAAGAGGUAUUGAUCCAGCAAUUGCUCUAGACUUACAAAUGAUGGGAAAAUUUGCUGCUGAUAGAAAAACAAUGUUGGAAUCUCAGAUGAAAAUCCCUGAAAUGCAUCUUCCUGGUAUAGAAAAAACAUUUAAUGCCUUUCCAGCUGAGAAGUUGAAUAUGAAGGACUCUGCUGAUAUUAGCAAUUUAAUGAAGGCAACUGAUGUAAGCAAACUAGCUGAAUUGUCACUUCUAAAAAAUUUUGUUUCUGAACCUUUAGCGGUGAAGGAACAAGCUUGGUUAUGUGGCAGUGGAGUGCCACUACACAAUAAAGCUGAAUUGCAGGGGCAUUUUAAUCUUCCAUAUGGUGCUAAUGCUGCCACUCACUUGUAUGACGAGAAAAUGAGAUUGUUAUCAGGUGCAAGUAAUACAUCAGUGAGAGAGAAAGGUGAGAGUAAAAGGUUAAAUGAAGAAGUAAAGCACAGAGACAACAGGCAUGUCAAGAGAACAGAAACUAGAAGGGAACUUGGAAUUGAAAAUAUAAGAAAUAAGAGUUUGGCUUAUUAUAGUACUGUGAAAGAUUUGUCUAAUAUUCAUAGGGACCAUGACACAAGCAAGGCUUAUCCGUAUGGAAUGCCUGUCCCUUCGAGAGGUUCUGUAGUUCCACCACCAAAAAGCAAGGACAACCCAUUAGAAAACCUUCCACAAGAUCUAACAGUGUCGUCAUCAAAACAUGGAACAAAUUUAUCUCUCAAGUCACCUGACAUAACCAUGAAAGCAACAGAAUUAUCCGCUCCACUAAAAAGUGAAGCAAUUCCAUUGGUGAAAGGUGCACCAUAUAAGAAUAUAUCUAUUGAAAGUUUGAGUGAUGAAGCAGUGGCCAAAGAUUACUCAUCAGUGAGCAAUGUAAAUAUCAAGAAACAGGGAGUAUCUCAGAAAUUUAAUACAAUUCCAGUUUCACAAAACUUGACACCACAGAACUUUGAAAAAUGUACUGUACCACAAACUUUCCAGGCAAAUGUGGCUGACAGGGUAUCUGAAAAUAUGAAACCACUGGACAUGAAGUUACCAACACCAACAGAGGCUCCAAAAGAAAAGAUUCAUUAUGGUCUGAAGGUCAAGCCACUGGAGAAACUCUCGGAAGUAAAACUAUCUGAAAUUGUAGACAUAGCCAAAGAAAAGGUACCAGAUAGUAAAUGUUCAAUAGAUGAGGUUGUUAUUUGUUCCAAAUCAGAAACACAAAAUUUAGACAGUUCAAAAAAUACUCCUUCGGAGAAACUGGACACAUUAACAUACCCAGUGCUAAAGCCAGAAGCAGAAAAACCUUUUACUAAUGGAAUUAAAGUUGUACCACUUGAACGAUUGAGUGAGGCUAGUUCAGUGGGUGAUAUCUGCGGUGCAACAGAUAACACACCAGUUUCAGAGACUGUUUUACCGGACACCAUAACUGAGCAGAAACUGAAUGAAGAUAAGUCAGUGGUUGAGCCUGUCAGCAGCAAGGUUCAUACACAGCUUCCAGUGAACAAGGAAAGCUCAGGUGAUGCAGUAACUGAAAAAAAGAAUGAUACUGCCUCCGAGGAAAAAUGUCAGUCUGAAGUAGUGGUUGCUAAAGACUGUGUGAAAAAUUCUUCUGAUGCAAGGUCGCCCUCUUCAAAAUGUGUCCCUUCAGAAGAAGAUGAAAAAAGAAAAAGCUGUGAUCAAAGACCCAUUGUGGGGAAAAUACAAGUUAGAUCUUUUGCCAAAGAAUGUAAGCAGAAAUUGUCAACUUCUGAGAAAAAAAAUGCUUCUGAAGAAAGGGAACAAACAUGUCCAGAAAAGGAGACAAAUAAGUUGUCUGCUGCAUCUGUAAAAUUACCUAAGUCCAAGUCACCUGAAGUCAAAGAGUCCGAGGAUACUACACAUCAGACAGAGAAAAAAGGUGGUGCACAGAGCUGUAGACCUGAGACCUCUGAAUCAGUGAUUGAAGGAAAGGAAUGUGAGCCUGUGACAAAUUUUGAAGAUAACAGCAAUGAACACAAAAAAUCACAGUCAUCAAAAAACAGUUCUGAGGGUACUGCAAUAAAGUUAAAACUUAGAAGUAGGAGAAAGGCACCUCUGGAACCUAUUCGUAGUGACUCACCUGAGGAAAUGGAACUAGUUAAUGAUAAAGGGAAGACAAGUAAACCUGCUGUUAAUGAAAAAAUUAAAAUUACUGCUGCUGAAAGCAGUGAAAGUACUUCAAAUACAGGAAGGGCCCCCGUUAAAAAAUCAGCAGAUGGUAAGUUGACUGAUGCUGUUAGAGGUAAGCCAAAAUCCACAGCAACAGAUAUGAAAUGUGAGCUAAUUACCUCAGAGACACGUGGUAGUGUUAAAGAGAAAAUCCCUACAGUAGAAGUCAUUCGCCUGAAGAUAAAAUCACCAAGGUCCAUUAAUGAAAAUUUGUCUUUCGAUUUCCACGAAACUGUUAGGCGUGAUGUACCUGUUGAUAACAAAAAUAAACACACAGCUGAACCAGUCAUUGCAGGCAAAAGAAGAAGAGGCAGGUCAGGGAGAUUUGUAAAAAGUCCAAAUGCUGAAAGUGUGAAGACUCCUGUCGGGAAACAUGAACCUAGUGAUGCUGAUGCAGAUACAGAUCCCGAGCACGUAGUGAGUAAUGUGAAACGUACAAAACCUGCCCGAGGUGGAAGAAGAGCAUUGGAAACACGCACAAGGUCCAGUAGAGAAACAGCUCCUAGAAAGCAGGAGACAGUAGAGGUGAGCAGCAGUGAUGAUGGCUGCAGGGAUAACUUACAGUUACAGAUGCGGCUUGGAGAAAUUUCGACAGAUGACUCUCAAGAUCGAUCCGCUGUUCAAGCUCGUGGUGCUGCUAGGAAAGGUGGAGCACGAAAUAAAGUCAAAGCACGUGCUAGAGGUGGCAAAGCUACCAGAGGAAACCGUGGAGGACGUGGAAAAAGUUUUGGUUCUGUUUCCAGCACAAGAACACCUGUUGAUAGCCCACCGCCAAGCAGUGAUACUCAAUCAGAUGCUGCAAAGACGAAUAAACGUGGUCAGAGAAAACCAACAGUACUGGGGCUUGAUGUAGGUGUAGACAUAGUUCUGGAGGAGAGUAAAUCUGAUGCAGGGCCAAGUUCAGAUUUGCCAAUGAGACAGUCUCGCCGUAUUGCCCAGAUUAAAAUUAAAGAAGAAGCUGAGAGACGCAAAAUUGAAGAAUUAACUUUUCUACAGUUAAAGGAAGAUCAGCGCAUAUACAAACGUGCUAAGAAAUUGGAAAACAAGGGCUCAAAGUCGGACAAGAAGAAAAGGAAAUCAAGAAAAAAUACUGAUUCUGAUGAAGAUUAUACUACGGGCGACCAUGCUGAUGCUUCUACUUCAAAAAGGAAAGGAAAACAGCAACAGUCACUGCAGCCACAACAGCAACAGAAGACCAACAAGAAGAAGAAACGCAAGAAGAAAUAUGGAUUAGCAAGAUUUAAUGAAAAUAACCCAUGGCAGUCUUCAUCAGAAUCGAGUUCAUCUGCAGAAGAAGAAGAGUUGUUACAGACUGAAGAGGAAGAAGAGGAGGAAGAACCCGAGCUUGUGUUCAAAUCAGAUCAUGAAUUUUCCCCAGAAUCCGACCUAGAGGAGGGCGCUACAGAAGACCUUCCCUUGCGCAGGGCCAGAACUGCACGGAAGGAUACUGAAACUGAAGAACUGGAAGAUAAACAUGCUUGCCAAAAAUGUGGCAAAAGUGAUCAUCCUGAAUGGAUUCUGCUUUGUGAUAAAUGUGAUUCUGGUUGGCAUGGAUCUUGUCUCAGACCUGCGCUACUUGUAAUUCCUGAAGGUGACUGGUUCUGUCCACCUUGUGAACAUGCUACAUUACUUGGUAACCUCCAAGAAAGUUUAAAAGAUCUUGAUAGCAAACUGAAACGCCGUGAAAAUGAAGAACUAAGGCGUAAAAGACUAGCAUAUGUUGGAAUUAGUUUAGACAAUGUGCUUCCAAACAAAUCAGAAAAGGAAGACCCAGAAGCAGUUUCUGUACCUGGCUCAAGGAGGUCAUCAUCUAGUUCAUCUAGUUCUGCCUCAUCAUCUGAUGACUCUGAGCCAGUUUACCAGUUACGCCAGAGGCGUCAGACUGUUCUUAGCUACCGAUACAAUGACUAUGACGAUCUCAUUUAUUCUGCAAUUCAGGAUGAAAUGGAAGCUGUGAAAGGUGCUGGGAAUCAAGGGAGAGGAAAAGAUAUUGCAACUAUUGUUAAUGCUGAGAAGGAGGAGCAGAAGGAAAAGUUGGAGGCUGGUGACAAGAAAGCUGAAGAUGAUGAAACCAAAAAGAAAAAGAAGGAAGAAAAUGGAGAGGAAGGAAGAGACUCAGAUGAGGAGGAAGAGGAAGAUGAACCAGAGGGCUACAUACCUCCUGUGAGAAGAUAUCCACUUCCCAAAAAGAAGCAUAGACGACUUAACAGUCUAGACAUAAGUUCUGAGGAUGAUGCAGAUUCAGAUGAGGACUUCAAGGGGUCCAGCUCAGAGGAGGAGGAAGAAGAGGAAGAAGAUGCAGAUGAAUCGGAUGAUUCCGAGGCACCCGGGCGUGGGCGCAGGGGAAGAUCCAGAAAGAGGCAUGCUGAGCCAGUUCGCAGAUCCUCACGUGCUAGGGUUACUCGCUUUGAUAAGGAGUUUAUUAAUGAUGAUAGUGAGGAUAGCGAUGUCCCCAAGCGUAAAAAGAGUCGUCGUAUGUGGCAAGACUCUGAAAGUGAAGAGAGUGACUGGGGCAAGAAGAAAAGAAAGAAAAGUGGUGGUUCAUCAUCUAAGUCCCGUACAAAGAAAAAGAAAAGGAGGGUAUUUGAGGAUUCAGAUUUGGAAAGCUAUAGAAAAAAGAAGCCCAAAAAGCCUAGGAUUAAGUUUGGAGGUCUUGAUGAAGAUGAAGUUCUGUCACGAAGAACUCGAGGAAAGAAAAUCAAUUAUGAGGAAGUUGCUGGUUCUGACACAGAAGAGGAGGUGAUAAAGAGAAGUCGCAGACUGGUGGAGAGUGAAGAAGAAUUUGUCAUAAAUGAAGAUGAAAGGGAGGAAGAAGAGGAGCAAGAGCCUGUAGUCGAACAGGAUGACAGUUCUGAAUCAGAAAAAGAUGAAGAGAAGGAUAAAGUGGAUGAACAAGAUGAUGAAUCAAAGGGAUCACCUGCUCCAGACACAAACAAAUCAAAUGUGGUUAAGAAGAAAAAGCAGGUGAUCAGAGAUGACACUGAUGAUAGUGAAGGCUUAGAUGGCAGUGACGAUGAAAUGCAACAACUAGAGGAAGAAAUGGAGCGAUUAGUUGAGGAUGACAAAAAUCAUGUUGAAUCUGUUUUGGAAAGCAGUGUUCCUACCGAACCAGAAGUAUGCCCAGACAACCCAAGUGAGAGGUUGAAGGAAUCACUAAAGCUAGUAGAAAUCUUGGAGGAUUCAACUACUGAAGCCCCUUCUACUGAAACACCAGCAGAUGUCAUACCAGAAGCUCUGCCUAUUGCUGUAGUGCCCACACCCAGCCAAGAGACAAAGAGGAAAUAUGUGAGGAAGAAACCACUUCCAGAGAAGAAGGAAAGGAAGAAACCAGUUCGUAAAAACCAAAAAGAGCCUGAAAUGGGCACAGGAACAUUUUCAGAACAGCAGCGACGACUAUCUGCCCAAGAAGAUCAACAGUCAUUCGGCCAACUGUCAGAUGAGAGCAGUCCUCCCCCUCCUCCUGGAGCUGGCGUACAGGCUCUCAGAGGUAUGCUUGAAGUACCACCACUUAGAGGAAUGAUGGGCAUGCAGCAGUCAUUCAAAAAUUACAUGGAACCACAGCAAGGUGUAACACCACCAUCACCACAAGCACCAACAAUAGGACAAUUACCAGGUUCAGUCCCAACACAGAUGCAGAAACAGCAGCCAGAACAACAGCAGCAGCAGCAGCAACAACAACAACAACAACAACAGCAACGACCACAGCAGCAGCAACAACAACUACUUUCUCAUCAGCAAAUUCAGCAGCUUUCCCAUACACUCCAUCCCCAGUUGCAGCAGCCACCACCACAGCAGACCCAACUUCAGCAACAGCAAUUACAACAGACACCACCUAAACAGCUACAGCAGCAGCAGGUGCAACCACCACAGCCACAGCAACAAAAGACACAACUGCCACAGCAGCAACUACAGCAGUCUCCUCAGCCGCUGCCAUCUCAGCAGCCACAUUCUCAAAACCAACAAAAGCAAUCUCAGCAACAGCAGCAGCCACUACAGAAACAGCAGCAACCUUCUUUACAGCCACAGCAACAUCAACAACUUCAAAAUCGCCAGCAGGUGCCACCCAUACCAUUACUGCAGCAAACCCAGCCACCUCAACCACAAUUGCAGCAGCAACCUAUCUUACAUCAAGGUCAACCACCCCCGAUGCAGAGACUUGAGGCAAUGCAUGUUAAAAGCAUACACAAUCCUCCAAAUGUGGUCGGAAUGCAGAUAGAUAGAGCUAAUGAUCCUCCUCCUGUCUCAGGUGAGCAGAAUAUUAUAAGAAUGAGUGGUGAAGUGCAGUCACCACCAAAACGAAAAGGCAGAGGUCGAGGAAAGGCAACAUUGGCUGCAGCGGCUGAAACUGCAAUUGGUGUGGGUGAUCAGACGCGAUAUCCCCCACAAUCCCAGCAGCAGCAGCCACAGCAGCAGCAGCAACAGCAGCCACAACAACAGCAGCAGCAGCAACAACAACAACAACAACAACAGCAACAGCAGCAACAACAACAGCCACAGCAGCAGCAGUCGUCACCACAGCCCCAACACUACCCUACACAUGCAACUCCUGUCAAUAGCAAUGCUACAGGCAGUGUAAUAACACGGAUGCUACAAGCACAACCAGUUUCUCAGCAUUCUCCACAGAGCUUUACUGCAGCAGCAGCAGCAAUGGGACAUAAAUAUUUUGGAUCAAAUCCUGACCAAAGAUAUGCACCUGUUUCACCUGGGAAACCUGGAAGGAUACCAUCUCCAUAUAGGCAGCCACCAGGUCCACCAUCUGCUAGCAGCCCUGGUAUGAUGCAGCAACACUACACCUCAAGACCUGGACUCAUCAGACCACCUCCAGCAAAUACUGCACCCAUCAGCCAACCGAUGCGGUCGAGAGUCCCAGCUACACAGCCAACAUCAUUGUAUCACGGGUCACAUCACCCACUUGAUCCUUCUCCUUCAGGCGGUGGCCCCAUUUCAGUGGCCCCAGGACCAAGUGUUGUGCAACGGCCAGCGGACGGCAGCCAGCAGCCGGCACCCACUAUGGCUGUGCCUGUCGCUACAGGCAGUCCUCUCGGAGGAAAGCCGACAGCUGGAGCUGUUCCUGUAUCUCUAAGUACUCCGUCUCCACAGCCUCCCCCACCUUACACCAGGCCUCGUUUCCCAUCAGAUGUUCCUCAGGCGGCUCCAGGUGCCCCGCCAGCUGCACGACAUUCGUUUUCUCCUGCAGCUCACAUGCACGCACAACCGUCUCCUCCUCCUCCGCAGCAUCAGCAAUCCCCACAUCAUUCGCUUCAACAGGGAAGAGUUCCCAGCAAUUACCCGCCAUAUCAUGCUCCCCCGCCUCCUCCCCCCCCUCCGAGCUAUCAUUACGGAAACUACCCACCACAUCCGUCGGUAACAGUUGCUGAUGAAGGCCUCCAGCAUUCACCGUAUCAGCCACCUGCUUAUACAGACCAGUAUGUGAAUCCUGCUGUAGAGCCACCUCAUAUACAGCAGUUACCAGAUCACAGCACAAGUGAAUCAAGGCCAUAUGAAGAGGACAGUGGAGGGGAGUUUGGCGGCCUUGUCUCGUACUUCUCCAGUCAGCGGGAAGAUGACUUGGAUGCGUAGCAACCUUUGUAUCUGAUGACUCAUAUUAUUUAUUUUUAUUGGCAGCUAAGAUAUAUUUGUUGUGUGUGUGUGUGUGUGUGUGUGUGUGUGUGUGUGUGUGUGCGUGCGUGCGUGCGUGCGUGCUUGCGCGCGCGCUCACGUGUGUGUGUGUGUGUGUGUGUGUGUGUGUGUGUGUGUGUGUGUGUGCGCGCGCGCGCACAUGCAUGUGCAAAAGUAUGCAGGGAUGUGUGUGCAUGUCACACAGACUUGUCUUUACUUGUUCUCCCACUCACAUAUUCCUGAGUGGUUGAUGCAUGAUGAAUUUGCAGAACAAACUAUUAAGUAUUAAGGUUGUGUGGUACUAUAACUGUUUUGAAACUUUGUGCAAUUGAUAAUUUACUGGAAUGUAUGCACACCAGUGACCCAAGUUGUGAUUUUUUUGUCUGAAAACUGUAAAUAUGUGUAUAUAUAAAAUCGCUGUAUAUUUACUAUGUAUACAUAUAAACUCAGAAACAUUUACAUGUACUCAGAUAUGGCUAUACAUAUUUCAUUGUGAUUCUAUUUAAACAGGUGUCACAGAAUUUUAAUGUUAAAUGUUGUAGUAUGUGUGGAUGGAGUGAUUUCCAGAGUGAAGAGAAGUUUUAUAUGAAUUGUUUAUAUAGUACCGUUAUUAGGUACAACAUUUUCAUAUUUUAGUGUGUCUAUACUUUUAUUUUAAUUUUAUGUGACAUUUAUAUUCCUCAACUAUUGGAGAGCAUCGUGAAGGAAUGAAUGUGGCUGAUCUGUUAUAAGCAGUCUGUAGUUUAGUAAUCUGCAUUUAUCACAAUUUAAUUAUCACAGACCUUUCAUUAACUUUCAGUCUGAAUUUAUUAUACACAGUUGAUGUGCUGAUACAGUUUUUGUAAUUGUGAUUAAAAGUGCUGUCCUAUACACCAAAAACAAGCAAAAAGUGUGUUGAGUUUUGUUUCAGGAAAGCAGCAAUGACACGUUUCUUUCCUUUAAACCAAAGACCUCUAUUAUGUUACAUCACUGGCAGGAUUUCAAAGUGACUUCAUAGCAAAAUUGAGAAUAUAUAAUAAAUAACUGCAUUGGUCUUAUAAAUUUCAUUUUACUUCAAAAAUAAAAGCUAAAUUCAUUAAAAAUUUAUAUAUUUUUGUGCUGGCGUUAUAAAAUCUUUGUGACUUUGAAUCAUUUUGGACCUCGUGGGGGGGAAAAUAGUUAAUUAUAAAAUGAAAUGUGACAAAUGCAGUUCAACUUGGUGUAAAAAAAUAAGAAAACAUUGCAGUAUUAGGACAUUUUAAGCUGUUAUUGAAAUGUGCUGAUGAUAUGCAAUCAACUAAAAUAUUAAGAAUUUAAAUAUAUGUUCAUCACAUUUUUUGUGUCAUGUUUCUGAUUAAUUUCUCAACACACAGUAACAUAUGUAGAAUUUGUAAAGAACUGUGAACAUAGUUUAUGACUGUUUGUGAAUAAAUUUGCAUCUAGUGUAUACAUUUAAAGAUUA